GUAAUCCCCCCCCCGAGGCUUCCCUUCUUCUCGAUUUAGCUGUAUAACAAAGACAUUUGCACGGAAGAUCCGCCCCGAGCUUUUCUUUCGUAAGCUCGUUAGGCAACGAAACUUGCCUUUCCACAUAUUCCAGUUGCAUUGACUUCGCUUUGCACUUUCUCUCCUUUGCCAACUCUUCAUCCAGGUUGUGAAGAGUUCACAACGAGCUUCGCUUCUUGUAGCUUUUUGUCCUUGGAAGAAGCCAUUUUUGUCAUCCGGGCGGGCGGCCCUUUCUCCCGAGCCCGGGUUGCCCUUUAUUUUGCGAUGGAUCUUUCGCGGGUUUGGCACCUGGUUGCCGUGUUUUGCUUGACCUACGUGCUGAUCAAAAUUAUCCAGCUGCAUCGUCGAAGACAGGUGCUGCUGAAAGCUUUGAACAAUUAUGCCGGUCCCCCUCCCCAUUGGCUUUACGGUCAUGUGCGAGAGUUUUCAUCUGUUUCUGAAGUUUACAGAAAAGUAGAGAAAUGGAGUUGUCUGUAUCCAUUUGCCUUUCCUUUGUGGUUUGGCAGGUUCACUGCAUGUUUGAAUAUAACACAUCCUGAUUAUGCAAAAACAAUACUUGCUCGAACAGAGCCAAAAGAUAAUUUUGGUUAUCGGAACAUAAUUCCAUGGAUUGGGAAAGGUUUAUUGGUCCUGCAUGGGCCCAAAUGGGCACAACACCGAAAAUUGCUAAAUCCAGGUUUCCACUUGAGUGUAUUAAAGCCAUAUGUGCCCCUGAUUGCAGACUCUACAAAAGUGAUGUUGGAUAAAUGGGAACAACUGAUCAGUCAGGAAAAAACAGUGGAACUCUUUGAACAUGUGAGCCUGAUGACACUUGAUAGCAUCAUGAAAUGUGCCUUUGGUUAUAACAGCAACUGUCAAAUGUACAAGGAAAAUUCUUAUGUUCAAGCUGUCUUUGAGCUUUGCUUCUUGAUAUAUGCCAGGAUGUCCUACAUUGUAGGUUUCAGUGAUCUUCUAUAUUGGUUCAGUCCUCAUGGAUUUCGGUUUCGGAAAGCCUGCCAUGUUGCUCACCUUCAUACAGAGAAAGUAAUCAGGGAAAGAAAGGAAACUUUGAAGGUUGAGGAAGAACUUCAAAAGAUCCAGAAGAAGAGGCACUUGGAUUUUCUUGACAUUCUUCUCUGUGCCAAAGAUGAAAAUGGCAUUGGAUUAUCUGAUGAAGAGGUACGUGCUGAAGUGGACACGUUCAUGUUUGAAGGUCAUGACACAACAGCUAGCGGGAUUUCUUGGCUGCUGUAUUGCCUUGCACAAAAUCCAGAGCAUCAGGAAAGAUGUAGAGAGGAGAUAAAAUCCAUUCUGGGAGAUCGUGACACAAUCGAGUGGGAUGAUCUUAAUAAGAUGACCUACUGCACCUUGUGCAUUAAAGAGAGUCUCCGCCUUUACUCCCCGGUACCUGGAGUAUCCCGAGAAUUAACCAAACCUGUUACAUUUUUUGAUGGGAAAACUUUACCUGAAGGCACUUGGACUACGAUAAGCAUUCAUCUUAUCCACAAGAACCCCAGCAUAUGGCAUAAUCCAGAGAUGUUUGACCCCCUGAGAUUUUCUCCUGAGAACAUAUCCAGCAGAAAUUCUCAUGCUUUUCUUCCUUUUGUUGCUGGGCCAAGAAACUGCAUUGGACAACAGUUUGCCAUGAUUGAGAUGAAAGUGGUUCUUGCUAUGACUUUGCUUCAAUUUGAACUGUCACUUGAUUUGUCAAAGCCUCCACCUGUUCCAGUCCCUCUGAUUGUCUUGCGUUCUGACACUGGAAUUCAUCUUUGUUUGAAGAAACUGGGGUGAACCUAUAAUAAUAGAAGAAAUAAUUCAUGUGGGGGGCAAGGAAGGGCUACUACAGAAUAUUCUUAUCCAGCCAGGUGCCCUGCACAUGUUUUGAGAUCAUAAUUCCCAGAAUACUUCUGUUGCUCUUCAAAAAAUAUUGAGACUUUAAUCAUGGUAGAUGGAAUUAAAAUCCUAAUACCUCUGGGGACUGCUAAUUUGCUGAAAAUGGGAAAGAGAAUGUAGAAAUUAUAAAAUGAUAUUUGCCAAUAUUUUCCAGGAAACAUAUUUUCUCCUGCUGAAAGGUUGAAUGGCCAAGAUAUCUGGCUUCAUCUACUGUCAAUUCAUCCUUAGAUUAACAUUAACAAAAGUUGCACUCACUAAUUAACCACUUAUUUUUUUAAUAAGUGCUUGCAUGUAGUUGUGAAUUAAUCCUUAUUGCCUUUCUUGGUAGAUCACCUUGUCUACAAACAGAAGUGAAAUGUCAGUAGUCUUGAAAUUGGUAUUUCUUUCCUAUUUUCUUCCUAAUACAUUUCUUCUAGUUUUUUUUCUUUUAUCAGUAUCACUUCUUUAUUGACCUACUUAUGUAAAAGAUUACCUGGAUGAACAUAACCAAGGAUGCUGUUUUUUCCAAAA